AUGCGAGCUGUAGGGGGCCAGCGCCGUAGCGCUGGCUGGUCAGCGAGGGUGCGCGUUUGUUCGCUGGCGGUGGUGGGCGCGGGAAUGUCCAUAGAGGACAGCUGUCCUCAAGCCGUUUCGCUGUGCCCCUGUGAGGCUCGUGCUCAGGUGCCCACGUGUACACUGCUUGAAAAAAACACGUUAGCGGGCGUGGUGGACGCCCGCGGGCACGACACGGCCCAUCCUCAACCUCCCGCGGAAGCAGUCGCGACGAGGCGAGCGGACCGAAUGUGUCCUUGGUCGCACAGAACCGUCACGGGCUGCAAAAAUAGGAUUUUAGGAGACAGCCGAAGCUGCUUCGUUGUGAUUGUCAUCUACAUAAAGAAGGCCGUCGUGCACGGCGAGCCGGGGCUCGAUGCUGCUACGCGUGAGAUCCAGAGCAAAGCUGUUGCACCGUAUGUCAUAGCACAGCGUCCCUGCCGAAAGUGCGCUCCCGCGUACCCCGCUCUGCAUGUGAAGCAGUCGCCUCGAGACGUCGCCUCCGUACAAAUAUGCAGAUGUCUUGUCGUGCUACGUUGCACAAGAAUCAUCUUUUCCGACCAUGCCGCAAUCUUGCUGCCGCCUGACCCGAGCGUCAUCGACUUUGAGGCUGGCACUCCAGUGUCAUUAACAGCCGUGUGCCACCAUGUUAGCUCGACGUACAACCAGGCUUUUGCACUAUUCAAAGCAAGGAAGCCAGCCACCGCCCAACGUAGGGGACGAUUUCACAACAGCGCCAGCAUCCUCAAUGAUGUCGACGCCUGA